CCCAAGCGCGGGGCGGAGCCGGGGGUCCCACUUCUCCCCACAGGGCAGCAGCGAUGGGGGCGGCUCUCUCCACCGGAGCAGUCGUUGCGAUUUCUUUUAACUGCAUCAUCGCGUUGCUCAUCCUCAUCCUCUUCCUCAUCCUCUGCAAGGCCUGCAGGACCCCGUCGUGCCCCAAGAAGGGCCCCUCCUCUGAUGCAGAUGAGGCAAGGAAUGAGGAGAAGUACCUGCUGCAGCCCUGAGCCGUGCAGGCAGGCGGUGCUGGGGGGCUCGGGGACGUGGGCACCUGGCUGUGCUGAAGGAGCUGCGCUUACCUGGACAUAGUGUCCAUGCCGAGAUGGUGGUGCUGGCCAAGCAGGGUGGGAGCAGAGGGGAUGC